CUUGUUAGUUUUUUGGAUUUAUAAACCAACAUACUCUUUGUUUGGAACUCGAAGUCGCAAAAUAGACAUGUUGGCAAUGGGUCAGAAUGUUUUCCAGUCAAAGUAGAUAUUCUGGCCCGUUUCUUUUAACUAAAUUUUCAGUUUGGGGGUUGUCACCAUAAAUAUCAUCUCCUACAUCUCUCUCCCCUCUCCUCUCUAUCCCUCUUACUAUCUCUCCCUCUCUCUCUCUCUCUCUCUCUCUCUCUCUCUUUCGUUUGUGUGUGACACUGUGUGUGUUUCGUGUUGUAAGCAAAUUCUUAACGAGAGACAAAACGACAGAGAUACAAAUGCUGCUCCGAAAAACCAUACACAAAACCAAAAAGUUUUUCAACAAAACCAUCCAAAGCUUCAAAACCUUCAUCUUUGGAGGGUACAAAAAGCUAACCAAAGCCCCAUCUUUGACCCUAUUAUCCACCAAUAAUCUCAAUACCCGAAAGAUGCAACAUCUAGACACCUUCUACAAAGAAUUCUGCGAGCAGUGGGACACCGACGACAACAACAUCAACCAAGACAUCAAAGUUUCAGAAAAACAUGACCUCGAAUCAAACACAAGCAUGAUCAACUCACGAGAUCAAGGAUCAGCGGCAAGUAGGCGUGUUGAAGAACAGAAAGAUGUCGGGUGCUCUAAAAACGUUGAUGGUGUUAAUCAAAGCAAUCUUUUGGAGCAGAAAAUGAAAGAAUUGGAGAUGAUGGAUGUGAAGGAUGAAGAGCAUGUGUUGGAUAUAGAAGAGGUUUUGCACUAUUAUUCUCUACUUACAAGUCCAAUUUAUCAAGGUCUUGUUGAUAAAUUUUUCACAGAUAUGUACUCUGAUUUCAAUAUUCCUCAACAACCAGUAAGAAGUGAUAGUCUCAAUAGCUCAAUAAGAAGAUUAGGCCCCUUGAACAUCUAGAAUAUAGAUGAUCACUCAUCCUACUUUAAUCUAUAAGGUGACUUAUUAAGUGUGUGCAUUUGAGUGUGUGUUUGUGUGUUUUCUUUAUUACUUUUUAACAUCAAUAUUGAGUGAUGUUUAUUGAUUAUGUAGCUAUAUAUUUACAUACAAUGAAGGUUUGCUACAAAAUUUGCCGCGUUUGGCUAAAA